UGCCGGGUGACAAGUUGGAGCCGGGACAUAACAUAAUGGCAGAAACUGCUUCUCCACUGAAGCACUUUGUGCUGGCCAAGAGGGCAAUUACUGCAAUCUUUGACCAGUUACUGGAGUUUGUUACUGAAGGAUCCCAUUUUGUUGAAGCAACAUACAGGAAUCCAGAACUUGAUCAAAUAGCUACUGAGGAUGAUCUGAUAGAAAUACAGGGUUAUAGAAACAAACUUUCCAUCAUUGGUGAGGUGCUGUCUCGGAGACAUAUGAAAGUGGCAUUUUUUGGCAGGACAAGCAGUGGGAAGAGCUCUGUUAUCAAUGCAAUGUUGUGGGAUAAAGUCCUCCCUAGUGGGAUUGGCCAUACAACCAAUUGCUUCCUGAGUGUUGAAGGAACUGAUGGAGAUAAAGCCUAUCUUAUGACAGAAGGAUCAGAUGAAAAAAAGAGUGUGAAGACAGUUAAUCAGCUGGCCCAUGCCCUUCAUAUGGACAAAGACUUGAAAGCUGGCUGUCUUGUACAUGUAUUUUGGCCAAAGGCAAAAUGUGCCCUCUUGAGAGAUGACCUGGUUUUAGUGGACAGUCCAGGUACAGAUGUCACUACAGAGCUGGAUAGCUGGAUUGAUAAGUUCUGCUUAGAUGCUGAUGUCUUCGUUUUGGUUGCAAACUCUGAAUCAACACUAAUGAACACGGAAAAACAGUUUUUUCACAAGGUAAAUGAGCGACUUUCCAAGCCUAAUAUUUUCAUUUUGAAUAAUCGUUGGGAUGCCUCUGCAUCAGAGCCAGAAUAUAUGGAAGACGUACGCAGACAGCACAUGGAAAGAUGUCUACAUUUCUUGGUGGAGGAGCUUAAAGUUGUGGAUCCUUUAGAGGCACAGAAUCGUAUUUUCUUUGUUUCUGCAAAGGAAGUUCUUAGUGCUAGAAAGCACAAAGCACAGGGGAUGCCAGAAGGUGGUGGGGCACUUGCUGAAGGAUUCCAGGCAAGAUUACAGGAGUUUCAGAAUUUUGAACAAAUCUUCGAGGAGUGUAUCUCGCAGUCAGCAGUGAAAACAAAGUUUGAACAGCACACUAUCAGAGCUAAACAGAUACUAGAUACUGUGAAAAACAUAAUGGAUUCAGUAAACGUGGCAGCAGCAGAGAAAAGGGUUUAUUCAAUGGAAGAGAGGGAAGAUCAAAUUGAUAGACUGGACUUUAUCCGAAACCAGAUGAACCUUUUAACACUGGAUGUUAAGAAAAAAAUCAGGGCGGUUACAGAAGAGGUGGCAAACAAGGUUUCCUGUGCAAUGACAGAUGAAAUUUGUAGACUGUCUGUUUUAGUUGAUGAAUUUUGUUCUGAGUUUCAUCCUACUCCGAGUGUAUUGAAAGUAUAUAAAAAUGAGUUAAAUAAGCACAUUGAAGAUGGUAUGGGAAGAAAUUUGGCUGAUCGGUGCACCAAUGAAGUCAAUGCUUCAAUGCUUCAGUCCCAGCAGGAAAUUAUUGAAAAUUUGAAGCCAUUACUUCCAACUGGUAUACAAAAUAAACUUCAUACACUGAUUCCUUGCAAGAAAUUUGAUCUCAGCUAUGACCUAAAUUGCCACAAGUUAUGUUCAGAUUUUCAAGAGGAUAUUGUAUUUCGUUUUUCCCUGGGCUGGUCUUCCCUUGUGCAUCGUUUCUUGGGCCCAGUGAAUGCUCAGAGGGUGCUGCUAGGAUUAUCAGAACCCAUCUUCCAGCUCCCCAGAUCUUUAGCCUCUACUCCCACUGCUCCAACCAAUCCAGCGACGCCAGACAGUGCAUCACAGGAAGAACUCAUGGUUACCUUAAUAACAGGAUUGGCUUCUCUCACGUCUAGAACAUCUAUGGGCAUCAUCGUUGUUGGAGGAGUGAUUUGGAAAACUGUAGGGUGGAAACUCAUAUCUGUUUCAUUAAGUAUGUAUGGAGCUUUGUAUCUUUACGAGAGGCUGACAUGGACCACGCGUGCCAAGGAGAGAGCCUUUAAACAGCAGUUUGUGAACUAUGCAACUGAAAAACUGCAGAUGAUUGUUAGCUUCACCAGUGCAAACUGUAGCCAUCAAGUACAACAGGAAAUGGCAACCACUUUUGCUCGCCUAUGCCAACAAGUUGAUAUUACACAAAGACAUCUGGAAGAAGAAAUUGCUAGAUUAUCCAAAGAAAUAGAUCAGCUGGAGAAAAUACAAAACAAUUCAAAGUUCUUAAGAAAUAAAGCUGUUCAACUUGAAAAUGAGCUGGAGAAUUUUACUAAGCAGUUUCUACAUUCAAGCAAAGAAGAAUAAUCUUAACAGAGAUUGCUUUGGUGAUCAUCAUAGGAGAAAAUGGAACUUGGAAGAUUGGGACAGUUUAUGGAAUGACCUUAAAUAUGAAUUAUACUAACUGUACCUAAAUUGCAAAUCCUUGUGUAGAUUCCGGUAAUGAUCUAUCUCAGGGUGUUUGCAUUUCUGAAGAGUGUUAUGAUGUUUUAGUUUUAAUUUUGGGUACAGAAAAGGCUAAAUUGUGUUAAAAAUGAUGAAUUAGUUAAAAGCAACAACCAACUAUGUGACCCCUGAGGGGUGGGGCCUUGUUCUUAAUUAGGGCUCUCUUUGUUUUUGAUUCUGAAAAACUCUGCUUCCUGGCAUCCAGGAGUUAGAGAAUGCUUUCAUCUUUUCUCAAAACUAAUUUUUGACGCCUACCUUAAUGGGAAUAGUCAUUUGUUUUUUGUUGUUUUAUAAACUGUAUUGCUCUAUCAAGGAGGAGUGUGGAAUGUUCUUGAGUAUAUUGUUUAUGCAAGUUACAAUCACUUUUGCCGUCCUGGCAGGUAUGUAAACCACUAAUAUUACUGUUUUUAGUCCCUCUUUUUUCCCCAUUAAAACUGAUGUAAAAUAGUAUAAAGGUUUAUGAUGAAUUCUCUCAUAAAA